AGAGCCUUGUUGGUCCUUCUCGGCUGCCGUAGUAGAUAGAUACCGUCGCUAGCGUUUUGCAAACAGACGCAUAUUGGAACAGACAGUACUUUGCAGGAUCCUCGUUAUAGUUGUGCUUGUCAGCUGGUUUAAUGGCGCGUUUUAAAGAUUCCCCGUGGAGAUAAAUGAGAUGACAGGUCAGUAGCAUGAGACGAGUGGCUGCAGGAUUCCAGGCUUUGACCAACUGACCGAAGCAGACGCAGACGCCUGCAGCCUCCAGACCAGCACGUCUCCCCCCUCAGGUGCGUGACCGCCCCCAGGACAGGUGAGGGGGCGGGUGCACAUGCAGAGUGACGGAGCGGAAGCCUCAGGUGUUUGCGGUCAAGCGUGAGGAGGUGCGGCGUAACCACGAGGGCGGUAGCGACGCCCGGCAGCAACCAGGACGCGGACGCAGCCGGGAGAACAUGGGAGCCGUGAUGGGGCCCGUGUUGCUAUGGCUGCAGGACGUCACCGCGGUGACGCUGCUGAGGGCCCGGCGCACGCUGCUGCAGGUUGCCGUGGUGAUGCUGGUCCUGCUGCUGCUCCUGUGGGUCUCCAUCUUCCUCUACGGCAGCUUCUACUACUCCUACAUGCCCUCCGUCAGCUAUGCUACACCUGUGCACCUCUACUACAGGACUGACUGUGACUCCUCUGAGGCCGGCCUCUGCUCCUUCCCCAUGGCCAACAUCUCUCUGCUGAAGAAUGGCAGAGAUCAGGUGAUGGUGCCUGGUCAGCCGUAUCGGGUGUCUCUGGAGCUGGAGCUGCCGGAGUCUCCGGUGAAUGAGGCGCUGGGCAUGUUCAUGGUCAAGAUGUCCUGCUACAGCCGAGAUGGACACACCACCGCUGCCGUCGCCCGCUCCGCCAUGCUGCACUUCCGCUCCUCCCUGCUGCAGACGCUGAGCACGCUGGUCUUCUCUCCGCUGCUGCUCUCCGGCGUCUACGAGCAGAAGCAGCUCCUGGAGGUCGAGCUCUUCGCAGACUACAAAGACAACUCGUACCAGCCUGCGGUGGGGGCAGUGAUUGAGGUCCAGUCUCGGCGGGUGCAGGUGUACUCUGCCCAGCUCAGGAUCCAUGCCUACUUCACUGGCAUCAGGUACGUGCUGUAUAACUUCCCGCUGGGCUCGGCGGUGGUGGGCGUGAGCAGCAACUUCCUGUUCCUCAGCGUGGUGGUGCUGUUCGGAUACCUGCAGGUCAUCUGGGGCGGCCUCUGGCCCCCGGAGCAGGUGCGCGUCAGGGUGAUGAUGGGAGAUACGACUCGACUGCAGCAGAGGAGAGAAGAGGCUCGCAAACGCAUGUCAGCAACCAGCCAGCAGAUGAAGAGGCCUGCCACUGAAAGGGAGCCCUCUAGUGGUACUACACAGGAGCUGCAGCCCCUCAGCAGCACACUGAAGAAGGGUGAACUAGAAACUGCAGAGAUCGGCUCUUUAAAUGAAACUGAUGUGCCACAAGACAACAAUACAGACUGCUCGUCUGAGGAGCCGGUGUUGCUGGAGGCUCCCAAGGUGUCGGAGUCGGAUCCCCCCACAGCUGCUGAGGAAACCCCCCCUCACACACAACACACACUCAGCAGUGACUGCAGCCUGAGGCAGAGACGCUGAUACAUCACACACACACACACACACACACACACACACACACACACACACACACACACACACACACACACACACUCACACAACACACUCAGCAGCGACUGCAGCCUGAGGCAGAGACGCUGACACGUCACACACACAAACACACACACACACACACACACACACACACACACAACAGUAGGUAACAGCCGCUGCAGUUACCUACUUACACACACACACACACACACACACACACUUAAUAUAUUCACAAGGAUCAAAAAGUCUUAGUUUUACUGCACAGUUAAAUAACUGAUGGAACUUUCUUAGUUACACACACACGCUAAUAUAUUCACAAGGACCAACAAGUCUUAGUUUUACUGCACAGUUAAGUAGCCUAUGGAGCUUUCUUAGUUACACACACACACACACACACACACACACACACACACACACACACACACACACACACACACACACACACACACACACAACAUGUCACAUAUGUAUCCCAUUCCUUGUGUUUACAUUGUCAAUAGCAUUGCUUUAUGUUACAUUCUCAUUUGUCAAUACCAAGUUUACCUCGUUUAAACACACACACACACACACACUGUGGAGUAUUUUGCUCUUUGCCACCACAGUCCCUGGGUGUGUCGUCCGUUCCCAUAGUCCGUGUGUGUGUGUGUGUGUGUGUGUGUGUGUGUGUGUGUGUGUGUGUGUGUGUGUGUGUUCUACACUGGAUCAUUGUUUAUUUUAGUUUUGAGAUAAAUCCCCAGAAUGUUACUAAUGCACAGAUGCUCAGUAAAGCUUUAUAAAGAUGCACACACACAGACAGACAGACACACACACACACACACACACACACACACACACACACACACACACACACACACUUGUAAGUCCACAAGGCAUGGGAAACCAACACCAUUAUGUUAAAUAUUGUAGAUGCACAAAGCACCUACACACUCCGCUGACUGCUCAUCCCAUUGGUGUGUGUUGUGUUUCCUUUCCUGUCCCUACAAGUGAGCACUCUUUCACUGCUGCAUCCCUUGUUCUCUCUAUCUCUCUUUCUCUCUCUCUCUGUCCCCUGUGUACCUGUGGAAGCUGUUGUCCACACCCUGGUCCAUAUCACUGUGCAGAUAACGCCCCUCUUCUGUGAUUGGUCAGAGAGCCAGAUGCAUUGUGGUCCAUCAGCGUAGCUCUGUGGCUGACGUGACGCGCCGUGAGAAUGUUAUUGUUUCAAGUGCCACUUUAGAUCGGAAGUAUUGAUUUUAAUUAUUUCAUUUUAAGCUGUCAAACAUUCAGAAUGAUUAACAAAGGUUGAAAAGACCAUACAAAGAGUUUUAUUAUGGUAAGAGAUUUAUUACAGAUUGUUUUAGCUAAGUAGAUUUGCUUUGUUAUUUCUGCAGGAAACAUGCAUUUUGAUUUAACAAAACGUUGAGUCUGAAGAGAGAUGAAUGUGGAACUCUGUUACUCUUUAUAUUGUAUUGAAAUGAAGACGACUUCUCCCAACCCAGAUGGAAUAUUCUAGAAUUCCCGAUCCAGAUGGAAUAUUCUAAAUUUCCCGAUCCAGACGGAAUAUUCCAGAUUUCCUUUUGGUUUUCUGACCUCAUGUCUGCUCAGUCCGGAUAACGGUGUUGAGAGAUAUUUGCCUUCGCUACUUGUCAACUCACCUGUUUAUUUUGGGCCGUAGUCAAAUCAUAUGUACAUUCCUGUGGAGGGUGACCUAAUAUCUAAGUAUUUAUGUGUUAUUUAAGCCUUAAUAAAUGCUCUUGCAAGAUAUACUUUAAAA